CUCACACAGCAGCAGCAGCAGAAGAAGAAGAAGAGCGCCAUUGCGUGUUUCGCGCCUGAACAGAGAGGACUGGGGCCACUGCUCCUCGUUUCAAUGAUCCACUUCUAAAGCAGCCACAGAAGACUUGGUCACAGCAGCCAUGAGGCGGACGAGAGCGGACGUGGAGCGCUAUAUUUCUGCGGUUCAGAGCGCCUCUCCCUCGCAGAAAGCGAAGCCCGUCAAAGGAUUUCUCUUUGCUAAACUCUACUUUGAGGCUAAGGAGUAUGAGCUGGCUAAAAGACAUGUUUCGGAGUAUCUGACCGUCCAGCAGAAGGACCCUAAAGCGCACAAGUUCCUCGGGCAGCUGUUUGAGCGUGACGGCGAAACAGACAAAGCUGUGGGAUGUUACAAGCGCUCGGUGGAUCUGAAUCCGGCUCAGCACGAUCUGGUCCUGAAAGUGGCCGAGCUGCUGUGCAGUAAACCCGAGCAUGACAGCCGAGCUGAGUUCUGGGUGGAGAAAGCUGCCAGGCUUCUGCCGGGACACCCAGGCGUCUUCAGUCUGAGGGAGAAGCUUCUGAGCGCUCAGAGCGGCUCCAACCAGCUGUACGAGCUGCUGCAGGCGGAGCUCAAGCUGCGGCCCGCAGACACCUACAUCAACCAGAAGCUGGUGCAGCUCUACAGCGCCGAGGGCCGGCUCCAGGACGCCGUCAAACACUGCCUCGCCGUGGAGAGAGCCGGUGUCCUGAGACACUGUCUGCAGUGGUACCAGCUGUUAGUCAGCACCCUGCAGGAGUACAUCUGCCAGCCGAGCGUGUCGUCGAACGAACAAGCGUCACGCAAGUUUCAGAAAGAGCUGCUGCUGGCGCGGUGUAGCUGUGUGAGACUGACGCUGACACUGAAGGACUGUGAGGAGAGCACCGCUGCACUCUGGAGUUUUGACUGUGCGAUGCAGGCUCUGAAGAACACGGCCACAAACAUGGCGGACGAGCUGGCGGAGGUGUUCUCGGAGAUGAGGGCGAACCUGUACCUGUACUCCGGGACGCUGCUGCUGAAGAGGGCACAGGACAGGGCGCAGCAGUGGAGGGCUGUGCUGGAUCUGGCCGCUCUCUGUUAUCUCGUAUCCUAUCAGGCUCCGAGACCCAAAGCCAGGAGCUUCAAGAGUGAGCAGGCGUCCCAUGAGCCUCUAGAGUUGCUGGCCUGUGAUCGUCAGAGUCAGGCGGGUCACUGCAGCAGC